AAGAGUUCAAGUUUGAACUGCUCUCCAUCAUACGGCUAAAUCUCCUCCGUCCCAGGAACUGGCCCUCCGUCCUUCCAUGGCUGGAAAGGAGUGUCCUUUCCUUCUCCUUCUGCCCAGUUUUGGUAAACCAAAUGGCUUCUUACUGCUGCUGAACAAGAGCAGGUCGGAAAAGUCAGAGAGGUCCCGCGUUGCAUCCGAAAUCGAUGAUCUUCGGAAGCCAUCUUUUGGUCGGAGAAAUAGGUGAAAACAGGGUGGAUUCAUACCCGCCCUUCGAUGUGGUGCUCGCCCUCCUUGCUGCUGGCUCGAGCGUUUCCCCCCGCCGUCAGCGGCUCCCCUACCGUCGAUUGUCUCAAUUCUUUAGCCGCUCGACCCGCCGUCAUCUUGCCCUAUGAUGAUCUCGCCGAGGGCAUUGGUACCCGUUGCGUCAAUGCCUUAUGGCUUGAUCAAUCCCUUACUCUGAAGCCCUCUUUUAAACAGAUUCUCGACUCUGAUUAUACAGCCGCUCUGAACCCAGUCUACUUUCAGAGCCGGCCUCUUCAUGCGACCCAAGAAAUUAAUUCUUGACGGGUCUCUCAACAACUCAGUCAAGUUCGUCAUUACAAAUGCCAUACACUUCAAACGAGCAUGGAACGGGAAAUCAUAUCUACCCCAUAUAUGCAGACGUCCUCAAGAAGAGAACGAGAACUUAGAGACGGAUGCGUCCAUGAGUGCCAAGAGGAAUGCAUUUAGUGAGGAUUUGAAAUGGGUCAAUCACAAAUUUAAAAAGGAAAGUAAAUAUGAUUACCAGCUUUUCAACAUGGUGUUCUGUUUUCCAUUGGAAGAUACUGAUCGAGUGCGUCGUACAGAACAUGUUACACAAACCUUGAAGAAUCUAUGUGGCCAUCACGAGAUUUAAUAUU